AUGGUGCUCCCAGAUAUGUUUCCCAAAUUUGUUGUAAGUAAUGAAGCAAAACAUGAAGAAGUGGAGGACGGUGUUAAAUCGAAUGAGUUGAAAGACGAUGUUAAACCGGAUCAGGUGAAAGACGAUGUUAGACCAGUUGAUGUCGAGAUAAAUGUUGGUCAACAAUUUACAAAUGAAAAACUGUUUACUGUUCAGGAACAUAUCCUCGAAUGGGUCCGCAUGGUGGUUGGAAAUUUGGGGUUUAACAUUGUAAUUGGAAGUUCCGACAAUGGUUCUAGCCAAAGGCAAACAUUUUUAACCAUGAGAUGCGAGAGAAGUGGCUCGAAUAUUCCACCGAUUCAGAAGUUGAAACGUGAUGGCACUAGAUAA